GCCAGUCUCGCGAUAUACCGGUGAAGUUUACUUGCCCCUGCAUUAUAGCGGAGGAAACCCCAAGUGCUCUUCCUUUCUCAACAUGGCACCGAAGGCGAAGAAGGAAGCUGUCCCUGCCAAGACUGAGGCCAAGGUGAAGGCUCUGAAGGCCAAGAAGGCUGUUCUGAAGGGAGUCCACAGCCAGAGGAAGAAGAAGAUUAGGACCUCUCCAACCUUCCGCCGCCCCAAAACCCUGCGCCUCCGCAGACAACCCAAGUACCCCCGCAAGAGCGCCCCACGCAGGAACAAGUUGGACCACUAUGCCAUCAUCAAGUUCCCUCUGACAACAGAGUCCGCCAUGAAGAAGAUCGAGGACAACAAUACCCUUGUUUUCAUUGUAGAUGUCAAGGCCAACAAGCACCAGAUUAAACACGCGGUCAAGAAACUGUACGACAUCGACGUGGCAAAGGUCAACACAUUGAUCAGGCCUGAUGGGGAGAAGAAGGCUUACGUGCGUUUGGCUCCAGAUUAUGAUGCCUUGGAUGUUGCCAACAAGAUUGGUAUCAUCUAAACGGCUGCUGGGGUGUUGUACAAAGGAAUAAAUGUUUGUAAAAACA